CAACAGAUAUCUUACGACAUUAAUAAAAUAAUUUAAUUACCAACAAGAAAAAUAAUAGAAAUAUGGAAAAGAUGGACACAGACAACGUGACUUUUCGUUCACGGCAACGCGCAAACUCAUUAGGAAAUAUAAGUAAUACAUCAAUGUUCGAAUCGACUAGACUAUGUCAUUCUCAAAUAUAUCUUGAUCACAGCUCUCCACAUUUAGAAAUGCAAGCAAGAAUAGAAAAAAUAGAAAAUGAAUUACUCUCGGCUAACAAUGAAAUAGUGGAAUUGCUAUUAGAAAACAAAACGCUUAAAAAGGAAUUAGACAAAUCAAAUAAGAUUAAUCAAUUGUAUAAAAAAAUCGAGUUUAAUGAAGGAGUUGCAACUCUGACAUCUAACAGAAAAAGGAAAAUUCCUAAAAUGUCAUUAAUAACAACUACUUCUCAAGAAAUUCAAGACAGAAUACCUAACAAAGCAAUGAAUAACAACACACAAGUAGAAAUAAUAGCCGAACUAAAUAAGAAAAACUCUCAACUAACUACAUUUCUAGAAGAAGAAAAGGAAAAAAACACAAUUUUAAAUGAAAACAGAUCAACAGUAGUACAGAAUAAUAAAAAUUGCAAAUCCAAAAAAUCAUGUUCAAAGGGGUUAAUAAAAACAAAAGGUGCAAAGCAUAAUAAUAUAAAUAAAUUAAACUUACAGAAAAUUAGACAACUUAACAAAGCAAAAAAAGGUCUACAAAAUCGAUUAAAAAUUAUGGUUUCUAGAGAAAACAGAGUAAAACUGCAAAUCCAUGAGAAGAAACAGCUGAAUGACAUAAACACAGAGACAACGGCCACAUACACUCACCAUGGUAAUAAUUACAUAGAAAAGCGGCGAGAUAAUAAAGUGAUAAUACUUUCCGAUGACAUUGGAAGAGGAUUGUCCCUAAAACUGACAAAUAGGACUAAAUCUUAUAUAAAACUGAUUACUGCAAACCAUGAGCACAUUAUGACGCAGUAUUGGAUAACUUCGAAGAGAAAAUAA